UGGAGGGUCCCUGCAGCGGCGGGGCACGUCCCAGCAUGACGUAAGGGCGCGUGGCAUCCUGGGAUAUGUAGUCUGGCUGGGACCAGAGCGCCCCCUCGAAUGAAUGGGGCCGGGGCUGGCAGUGAACUACAGCUCCUCUAGCCCGGAGCGUUGGUGGCGGCGCCACCAGGGAAGAGCCGCGCUCCGGGAAGGGACGAUGUUCUGUGCCGCCGCCGCCGCCGAGGUAGUGGUCUAGGCGGGCGCUUCCUCCGCGCGCUCAUUCCCCUUCCCCGCGCUGACCAUGCGCCCGCUCUUCGCGGUGGGCCUGGUGUUCGCCGGCUGCUGCAGUAACGUGAUCUUCCUGGAGCUGCUGGUCAGGAAGCAUCCAGGAUGCGGGAACAUUGUGACAUUUGCACAAUUUUUCUUUAUUGCUGUGGAAGGCUUCCUCUUUGAAGUCAAUUUUGGGAGGAAGCAGCCAGCUAUCCCAAUAAGGUACUACGCCGUCAUGGUGACCAUGUUCUUCACGGUCAGUGUGGUGAACAACUACGCCCUGAACCUCAACAUCGCCAUGCCCCUGCACAUGAUAUUCCGAUCGGGUUCUCUAAUUGCCAACAUGAUUCUAGGAAUUAUCAUUUUGAAGAAAAGAUACAGUAUAUUCAAAUAUGCUUCCAUCGCCCUGGUGUCUGUGGGGAUAUUUAUUUGCACUUACAUGUCAGCAAAGCAGGUGACGUCUCAUUCCAGCUUGAGUGAGAAUGAAGGAUUCCAGGCAUUUACAUGGUGGUUACUAGGUAUUGGGGCGCUGUCGUUCGCGCUCCUGAUGUCCGCGAGGAUGGGCAUCUUCCAAGAGACUCUGUACAAACAGUUUGGCAAGCACUCCAAGGAGGCUUUGUUUUACAAUCAUGCCCUUCCACUGCCUGGAUUCAUCUUCUUGGCUUCUGACAUCUAUGACCACGCAGUUCUUUUCAAUAAGUCUGAAUUAUACGAAGUUCCGGUUGUUGGUGUGGCAAUGCCCAUCAUGUGGUUCUACCUCCUCAUGAAUGUCAUCACUCAGUACGUGUGCAUUCGGGGUGUCUUUAUUCUCACCACAGAGUGCACCUCCCUCACUGUCACGCUCGUCGUGACGCUACGCAAGUUUGUGAGCCUCAUCGUCUCCAUCCUGUACUUCCAGAACCCUUUCACUGUGUGGCACUGGCUGGGCACCUUGUUUGUCUUCAUUGGGACCCUCAUGUACACAGAGGUGUGGAACAACCUGGGCAUCACCAGAAGCCAGCCUCCGAAGGAGGACAAGAAGAACUGAGCCUGCCUGGGAGACCAGGCUCUGGCUAAGUCAGAUGUUCAUGGCAUCAUCGUCAGGAACAACCGAGUGACCAGGUGAAGUGAGACACUGGUGACACGGGCUGGACUUCCUCGUCGUGUUGAGAAUGAAGCGGUGGUCUCUGUGAGCUGAACCCCUGGUGACAAUGGAGCAGGACUAGUGGGAACCCUUUCCAAGUGGUAGGUUAAGUUCUCGAAAGGCUUUUUAAGCAAGAAGGUUGAACUCUGCCUGGCAGUUCCGGUAGAGUCAUAGGCUAGUCCUAGACUCUCGAGUCCAAUAAUUACAGGCUAUUGUUCUUGUGACUAAGCCCCAAGACCAGUGGUCGGAAAACUCUAGUCAACAGAGCUGCAGUUUUCCGACCAUUGGGCUAGGGAGUAGACUAAAGUAUGAUGAAGGUGUAUAAAUUCAGGUCAAAUCACAACUAAAAUGAAAAGUUUUCCUUAUUUUUCUAUAAGGUAUCUUAAUGGGUAUGUGUGUGUGUCGGGGAGGGGGGCAGUGUAUGUGUUUCAUUACAUGCGGAAAGGUGCCUCCCUCUUUUUCUAAGCUGGUUUUUCUCCCAUGGCAUAAUUUUGAGGCAGAGGAACCAUGUCAGCGUGGUGUGUGUAGGUAAUGUGAUAAUUUUGAGAGAAUAGCAUGAAACUCAGAGUUCUUUCAUUUCCUCUGUCUUCACUUAGCCCUGGACCUUAGCUGACCUCAUAGAAGCACAUGCUCUUCUGUAGGUGGUUAAACUUACCAGGCACUCCCUUUUUGCACACACAACCUUUUUUCUUUUUUUUUCUGGAUACAGAUUUUAUUUGUAAAUCGACAUGUGGCUGUAUGGGUCCCCUGGGUUCACGCAUGGUAGAGUAUGUAUAUUCUAAUACCUGGAGUUAGUCUAUGGUAGGGCCUCAGAGAUAAUUGUCCUCGAACAACUGAGUUACUUAGGGGAAGUCACUAUAGUGGCAGGAUGAGGGGACUCUGAGCUUGCUCCUCCCAUAAACACAAUGAAUGCACAUCUAAAUUUCAAGUAGUUGUCUCUAAGAGAUAACUGAACAGCUUCUGCACAACAAAGAAAAGGGGGAGAGGCCACCUGGAGAAGAUGGGAACUACAGGAGCUGUCCAGAAUCAGAGAGCAUCAUUGUUUGCAUUCUCCUUACACUUGGGUAGCAGUGGUGAGAGCUCUGGCCAACCUGCAAGGCCACAGUAGUGCAUCCCCAGUCACCCCUCCUGUAGGAAGGGCAGUAUAGCAAGCAUACACAGCCCUUGCCCCCUACACACCAAUCCAGAGUUAGAGCCACUGCUGUGCACACCCACUGGAUAGCCCCACCUGGAAGGGACUCAGCAGGGCAUCACUGUGUUCCUGCCCAGGGGGAAGUCCAGCUCAGACCUCCAUGUCAAUCAGUCAGAGCAAUAGGACAUACCUAUGAGUGCACAGAGAGGGACCCCAGAGUGAGCCGUGCACAUAGAGGAAGGGAGCUGGCAGAGUGCACCCCAACCCAGGCAGUCAAUCAAACCACAAGGUGAGCCAUGCACAGCAGGAAGCUAUGCCUGGAGUAAGAGGGAAACAGAGUGCUGUGGUGCCCAUGAUCAGGUAUUCUCAGACCAGCAGCAGUUAAAACAACGGUAUGCUCCAUUGUACACCAGGCAGCCCCUCCAGGAUCAAGAGCAGAACCAGCAGGGCUCUAUAGCACACACACAAGUGCAGCUGUGAACAGCCAAAACAACAAGACACCCAACCUGCUCCUUCUGGCCAGAUAGCACCCUGGGCACUGCACAUGCCCGCCCCAACUGAAGCCUGCCAAAGCUAUCUAGUCUCCACAGAUGCCACUUUACACAAGACCAAGUUUUCAAGCUCAGAAGAGAGAGCUAUUUCAUCUAAGUCUUAGAAACAGACACAAAGUCAAAUGAAAUGGAGGAAACCUAAUGAAGUGGAGAAAAUUAAUUUGAUAAGAAAUUUAAAGAAACUGUCAUAAGGAUGCUCAGUAAAUUUGAGAGUAGAAAAGAAAUCGGGGACAACUUCAAAAAAGAAAUUAUAAUAAAGAACCAAUAAGAGGUGAAGAUUAUAAUAACUGAAAUGAAAAACAGUAGAUGGAAUUAACAACAGAUUGGUUUAUACAGAAGAAUGGAUCAGCAACCAGGAAGAAUAGAGAAAAUCACCCAAUCAUAAUAACAAAACAAAAAAAUUUAAGAAAAUAAGGGUAGUAUGAGGGCCCUAUGGGACAGCAUUAUAGGAACCCCAGAAGGAGAAGCAAGGGACAGAAAGUUCGUUUUAAGAAAUAAUGGCCAAAAACAAGGGAAGGAAGCAGACACCCACAUUAGAGAAUUCCACAUAAGAUGAACCCAAAGAGGUCCACACCAAGAUAUACUGUAAUUAAAUGGGAAAAAAUAUUUUUUAAAAUCUUGAAGGAAACAAGGGGAAAACAUUGAAUUACAUUAAAAGGAAACCCCCCAAAAAACUAACAGUUAAUUUCUCGAAACUUUUACAAGCCAGAAGGGAAUGGGAGUAAAUAUUUAAAGUGCUGAAAGAAAGGAACCUACAACCUACAAUCUGGUAUAUUAUACCUGGCAAGGUUGUCAUUCAGAAUUGAAGGAAAGAUAAAGAUUUCCCCGGAUAAGCAAAAACAAGAAGUUCACCACUAAACAGACUUAACAUGGAAUGUUAAGCAGUCUUUAUGCAGAAAAGGCUAUGCCAAAAAUAAGAAAACACGGGGGUGAGGGUGAGGGUGGGGAAUCAGAGAUAAAGGCAAAUAUAAAACUAACACAGAAUCAGCCACUCAAAGAUCCAAUAUGAAGAUUAAAAGAAGUAGUAAAAUUAACUAUAGCUAUAAUAGGAGCUACUCAAAGCAAAAAAGAUAUAAAAUA